UCAUAUCCGACCAGACAUCAUCAUUCUAUGACUGGGAUUUAUCCCAUAAUUGUCGGUUUGUUCUGCAGUUUGCUCCUCUCUGCAAAUGCCCACUCUUCUUCUUCUACCUCCAACCAUCUCACAAACCAGCCUCAUCAUCACCUUCAACACUAUGAAGCUCUUGCAACUCCCCUGAAAUCUUGGACCAAAUCCAAACACUCCCGCCAUCCACAUCUUCAUCUCAAAUUUGUUCAUGGUGUUGUGAACAUCAUCGGAUGGGGAAUUCUGGUGCCCGCGGGGGCAAUAAGCGCAAGGUAUUACAGGAAACUGCGGCUGAGAUGUGAGGAAUGUUACUCUCUACACACAGUAUCCCAAGUGUCAGGGUUCAUUGUGGGCACUGUAGGGUGGGGGCUAGGGAUCUCUUUGAGGAAUUCUGCAGCCAAACAGCACCCUAUGACCACCCAUGGAAUUCUUGGCACUAUACUACUCUCAUUCUCCACAUUACAAGUGUUGGGUGUGUGGUUGCAACCACAUGAUGAAGAAGAAAAUAGAUACAGAAAAUAUUGGGUGAUAUAUCAUAAUGUUUUGGGGUAUGCACUCAUCAUUCUCAUAAUAGCAAAUAUAUUCCAAGGAAUAGACAAUCAUCAGAUCAGCCAUGGCAGCAGAUGGAAAUGGUGUUAUGCUGUUAUUCUGGGAGUUUUCGCCUUUACUGCCCUUGUUUUGGAACUUUUUAGCUGCUGCCUUAAAUUUUAAAUUCAUUCAAAUGCAAUGUUCAAAUAAUAUAAUGUUCAUAAA